AUGGUGCCAGUUUCGCGGCCGGACGGCCAUCUCAAUCUCAACUACAUCCCAGUCUCUCAGCCAAUGUCAGGGACGUCGACGGGCAGCAAUUCGCCAAAUGAGUUGCCUGGAAAUUUAGGCAAGUCACCGUUUGGUACUACCAACGGACUGGGAAGUGCUCCAGGUUCGUUGGGCAGUACACGCAUAGGGGCUGGAUCCCCCUCUCACGAACUAGGCACUCGCCUGUAUUCGAAACGAGCACGUGAGAUUCAAGCUCAGGAAGGUGUUUCGACAAGCAUUUGGGGUCCUCCAACGAGCGGCCACUCAACCCCUUUACGUGAAAAUAUUCCUGAAUCUCCUAGUCAAGAUGGAUUUCCCGACUUGAUCCCAUCUGAGCCUAUAAUGAAUAGCCCUGCACGAAGGGCAAGAGCUGGCACGGUACCAUCACGGUUCCCGCCUGUUGGCACACUAAGCGCAACCUCCCAGGCACCGUCCCUAAUGUCCAAGACGUCAAGGCCUACGCCAUCUACCAGCCCAUUCCGUCCGCCGGGCUUAUCGGGUAUUGAUACAAGCGGAAGAACCGCAACUGCAGGUGCCGGACCAAAUACAGCUGUCUUGUCUCGCUUGCGAGCAGGUUCGAUGCCUCAACGCCCAAAUAACUUCCUAGGCGGCUCGAAUCCAUUUGGUCCCUCUGUAUUCUCUACAAGUUGGGCGUCAGGGCGGGAUCGCGCUUCGACCUUGGCCAGUAUCCGAUCCUCGGAAGGCCCGACAUCUCCAUCUCAAUCAUCGUUUUCUGGUGGUGGUCUCGCUGAUAGCGACGUCAAGACACUCGACUACUUGGGUUUGGCCGAAACUCCACAGCAACACAACUCUUCACUUGCACACUCUUCCGUUGAAGCUUUACUUCAACAACAGCAGCAGCAGCAACAGCAAUCUUCCCUACCCCCACUUCUUGCGGAACUUGCUAUGAUCAAGAGCAACAAUAGAUUCAGGUCUUACUCAGUCAAUGCAAAGGAGAAAUACGCCGAAGACGAUGAGGAAUACGGUUCUCCUUAUCCACAAGUUCCGUCAGGUACCUUGACCCCAUCUGCUGCCGCGACUGCCGCUCAGCUCGCCGCUACCCAGGCUCAGAUCCAUCAACACAAUCUUGCUGUUCAGGCAUUUGCCAACCAUGCUUCCGCAAGCCGUCCUCGCGCUCGCACCGCCGGUAUUCUCGACACCCCGCCACAACGCUCGUCUAUUCGCAAUUACCUUGCAACUCCCUCUAGACUGGAGAAUAGUAUAAGCGCUGCAGACCUUGGUAUCGCAGAGGGCAGUGAGUACGAUGAAUUGUCCGAAGCAGUUCAAAUGAUGCAAUUGGGUGGAGCGAACGGUGCAAAUUCGAAUGUUCGUGCUCUGGCAGAAGUUGCAGACGAGGGCAGUAUUGAAGGCCCUACUAGAGCCUUGUGGAUCGGAAGCAUUCCGGUCUCUACGACAGUCACUUCCUUGGAUGCUAUAUUUAGCAUGUACGGAAAGAUCGAAUCGACGCGAGUUCUCACUCACAAAAAUUGUGGAUUUGUCAAUUUUGAGCGUCUCGAGAGCGCUGUUCAGGCAAAGAAUCUGCUCAAUGGUAAAGAGAUUUUCCCAGGUGCUGGACCUGUAAGGAUAGGUUAUGCCAAAGUUCCAGGUACCUCUGCUAGUGGUACUCCUGGAGCUAAUGGUACACAUCUCUCGCCAACUCCGGAUCCACACACUGCUCUGGGAGAGCACGGUGCCAUCGACGCAUCCAAACCAGACCGCUCUGGUACCGAUACUCCACGAGUUCCUCCUUUGUCAGACUUGAGAAUGGAAAUGGCCGAUAUUGUGAAGGAAUUUGGGGCCAGUGACGCAGAUGUUCAAGCGAUUACUGCCAGUGUACAGAGAUCGAUAGCCUUCCAGGCAUUUAAUGACGAAAUCCCCGCCGUCCCUGAACCAAGCACCACCAGAAUGCAUGAUGCGCCGAAACUUCGCGACAUCCGCAAGCGAAUUGAUAACGGUCUCUGCUCCGUGCAAGAAAUUGAGGAGACCGCAAACGGAAUGUUACCGGAAAUUGCGGAGCUUUCGUCAGACUAUCUUGGAAAUACCGUUGUCCAGAAAUUGUUCGAGUUUUGUUCCGAACAGACGAAAGAGCAGAUGCUGCUUCAGAUUGCGCCACAUCUCGCCGAGAUUGGAGUCCAUAAGAAUGGCACAUGGGCCGCUCAGAAGAUUAUCGAUGUUGCAAAAGCGCCUAGCCAGAUGCAAAUGAUCGUAGAUAGUCUGCGACCUUACACGGUUCCUCUUUUCCUCGAUCAGUAUGGCAAUUAUGUUCUCCAGUGCUGUUUAAGAUUCGGCAGUCCAUACAACGACUUUAUCUUCGAAACCAUGCUCAGCAGGAUGUGGGAGAUCUCCCAAGGACGCUUCGGUGCCCGUGCCAUGCGUGCAUGUCUGGAAAGCCACCAUGCCACAAAAGAUCAACAGCGCAUGCUUGCUGCCGCGAUUGCAUUGCACAGUGUUCAGCUCGCGACCAACGCCAAUGGUGCCCUGCUGCUAACCUGGUUCCUCGAUACAUGCACCUUCCCUCGCCGACGGACUGUACUGGCUCCUCGCCUCGUCCCUCACCUAGUACAUCUGUGCACACACAAAGUUGCUUAUUUGACCGUUUUGAAAGUUAUAAAUCAGCGCAACGAACCUGAGGCGCGCGAGAUCGUUUUGAAGGCGCUCUUCUUCAGUCCAAACGAUGAAGCUCUUGAGCGAAUUCUCAGUGACCCUAGCUCUGGAGCUACCUUGAUCUUCAAAGUCCUCACUACGCCUUUCUUUGACGAAUCGAUGCGCUCCGAGGUUGUCAAGAAUGUGUCCAAGGUCUUGACUAAGCUAAAGGCGACCCCAAGCCAAGGCUAUAAACGGCUAAUGGAUGAAGUUGGUUUGUCUUCUCGAGCAAGUUCUCGUGACCAUCACUCUGGAAGGGACGCAAGUAUUGGUCAGGGGACAAAUGGCGAGAAACAGCACCGCCCGACGUCACGUCAAGCCGGUUCCAGUUACCAGAACCAGCAGCAGGCGGACAGGCAGUUUGGUGCACAGUAUCCGGGUUCUGGUAUUGAGAAUGGGGUCUCGAUAGGGCGACCAGGCGAGCAGCAUUACGACUUUGCUGCCAAUGGAAUGGGUGCUGCCAAUGGCAUGAAUGGUCUUGGUAGCAUGAAUGCCGGACCAGGCUUUGGCCAGGAAAGUGUCCUUUCCUUGCCACAACAACAAAUGCAAUAUCAAGCGUAUCUUCAAUCACGUGGUGUACCCCAAAGCGGAAUGUAUCCCGGCACUAUAGGUGGAAACGUCUAUCCGGGCUAUGCUGCUGGCAUGGACAAUAUGAGGAGUCUUCCAGGUGCUAAUGCAAUGCCUGCACCGCCUCAGGUCAAUUCAAAUGCAAUUAUGGGACAGCCUACCUUUGCACCCCCUCAGUUCAGCCCUGUUUUGAAUCCGGCUCAGAUGUAUCAGUAUUCACCUCAAUACUACCCCCAGACACAGGCUAUUCCCAACCAGGCCGGGGCUGGUCGACGUGGACGCGUAAGUUUUUAUUCAUACUAA